AUGAGGGUGAUCAUUUUUGUUCAAGGGCAAUCUAUGUGGAUUGGCGAAUUUAGCCUUAGUAACAGGUUUCAUUUUUCUCGCCUGAGUUUGAGAUGGUUGAAUGAAGUUGAAGACACAUUUAAUCGGAUUCAGAUGCAUAAGGGAGUUCAGGGCAUCAUUAUUAUGAAUAACGAUGCUGUGCCUAUUCGCACGACAAUGGACAAACCAAUGACAGUGCACUAUUGUGCGCUCUCACAGCAACUCGUUUCCAAGUCGAGGGCUGGUGUCCGUGACGGGGAUCCCACGAAUGACCUCACUUUUCUGCGCGUCCGCAGCAAGAAGAAUGAGAUUAUGAUCGCGCCUGACAAGGAGUACACGCUGAUCGUGGUUCAGGAGAUUGGAAACGAGUGA